AUGGACCUUCACGUCCUGCGUCUACACUCUGACAGAGGUGGUGAGUUCUCCUUCGACCUCUUGUGGGACUUUUGUCAGGGGGAGGGCAUCCUCCAGUCGUUCACGCUUCCGGCCUCACCGCAGCAGAAUGGGGUUGCUGAGCGCCGCAUUGGCUUAGUCAUGGAGGUGGCUCGUACCUCCAUGAUCCAUGCGGCUGCUCCCCAUUUUCUGUGGCCGUUUGCGGUCCGAUACGCUGCGCAUCAGCUCAACCUCUGGCCCCGUGUCUCCUUGCUGGAGACCUCGCCCAUAGUGUGCUGGAUGGGGGAGGUUGGCGAUGCGUCUUGGUUCCGGGUCUGGGGCUCUCGUGCCUUUGUCCGUGAUACCACCGCGGACAAGCUCUCCUCUCGCGCCAUUCCCUGCGUCUUCCUUGGCUUUCCCUGUGACGCGCCUGGCUCGCAGUUUUACCACCCCACCUCACGCCGUCUCUUCCCCACUCAGAACGUCACGUUUGAAGAGUCGGUUCCCUUUUACCGCCUCUUCCCCUACCGCACUGCCCCGCUCUCCCACCCUUGCUGCUCUUCCUUGCUCCAGGUCCCCCUCUGGUUGACCCCCUCCCCCCUCAAGGUCCUGCUCCUUCAGGUGUCUCUCAGCCUGAGCUUCUCUCACCACAGCAGCUGCACGAGUGGCUUGCGUGGCGCACACGCCUUCGGAGUCGCACUGGAGCUGGAGGUGCUGGAGUUGGAGGCGCUGGAGCUGGAGGUACUGGCACUAGAGGUGCAGGAGCUAGAGGUCCUGACGCUGGAGGCACUAGAGCUUGAGGUACUGGAGCGGGAGGUGCUGGAGCUAGAGGCACUAGAGCUGGAGGCACUGGCGCUGGAGGCGCUGGAGCUGGAGGUCCUAACGCUUGAGGUGCUGGAGCUGGAGGCACUAGAGCUGGAGGUACUGGAGCUGGAGGCACUAGAGUUUGAGGCGCUGGAGCUAGAGGCACUGGCGCUGGAGCUACUCAAGCUGGAGGUGCUGGCGCUGGAGGCGCUGGAGCUGGAGGCCCUGUGCAGCAGCGACCGUUUUUCUUGCCGCCGCCGCAGCUGUCCGAGUCGGCACUUCGUCCUUCCUCUGUUCCACAGCGUAUCCCCCUGUCGUCUCCUCCUACGUCCUCUCUUCUUGACGAUCCGGACCCAGUCUGACCGGGUUCGUGCUGCCAUCCCUACUGUCACCCGUAUCCUGGCUACUGUUGUCACUGACCCGUCGUUUGAGUCUGCUGCUACGUCUGCCUUAGUUGUUGAGCUUGUGGACUUUGCUGCUGCGUGUCGUCUAGACUACGCCACUAGUCUUGUUGCUGAGUCUGAGUAUGUCUGUCCUCCAUCCGUCGGGGGUGAGUGUGCUCUUGGCACAGACGUCCUUGAGGACAGGCAGGAGGACUUCGAGUGUCUUGCGGGUGCUGGACCUUAUCUCGUGGCCAUGCUGCCUGCACUAGAGGGAGGCUCGGAUGCACUGGACAUCCCGACCCCGCGCUCUUACGCAGAGGCGAUUACGGGUCCCUACUCCUCUCAGUGGCAGACAGCCAUGGAUGCAGAGAUACCAUCCUGGAAGUCCACAGGCACAUACGUCGACGCAUUUCCCCCUCUUGGGACGAACAUCGUUGAUGGCAUGUGGAUUUUCAGGGUGAAGCGGCCGCCGGGUUCUCCGCCUGUCUACAAGGCUGGUUAUGUUGGUCGAGGCUUCAGUCAGCAACAGGGAGUUGACUUCUUCCAGACCUUCUCCCCUACUCCGAAGAUGACCACUCUUUGGGUGCUGCUGCACGUUGCCGCUCAGCGUGACUACGAGCUUCACUCUCUUGACUUUAGCAUAGCGUUCUUACAGGGCAGCAUGCACGAGGAGAUCUGGCUGCGCCACCCACCUGGCUUCACUGGGUCGUUCCCUCCUGGUACCCAGUGGAGCCUCCAGCGGCCGGUCUACGGUCUCCGCCAGGCGCCUUGUGAGUGGCACGACACACUGAGGACGACGCUUGCGGCUCUUGGGUUUGCUCCUUCCACUGCUGACCCGUCGCUGUUUCUGCGCACCGACACUUUGCUGCCGCCGUUCUACAUCCUCGUGUAUAUUGACAACUUGGUUUUUGCCACUGCUGGCACAGAGGCACUCGCCCUUGUGAAGUCGGAGCUAUAG